GGGCUGCAGGCAAAACUUCCCCCCGUCCCGGGCUACGAGAGCGGGAGCUCAGGCCGAUCGCACCAAGGCCAAGUGCGGUUUGACCAGCGAUUUAAACGGAGCAGAGGGAAUUCAGCCUCGGGACGGACUGGCUUGUGCAACCUCCUCCUGCUGCCUGUGGCUUCUGCCUGUGCCAGCCUGAAACGCAGGCAACACACCUGAUGGGGACUUCUGCGUGCUAGGGCCAGCACAGGAGACCUUCCCCCCAACCACGUGUGCCACGUGCCUACCGCGGGUGGAGGAACAGGAUUUGUCACCGCGGGAGCCCCGUGAGGAAGCAGCAGCAGAACGGCCCUCCGUCCCUGCUAGACAGCGGGAAGCAGGAUGUGUGCCCGGCAGAGAAAACUACCUGUAACGAAAACAAACAGAUCCUCACGCCCGUGCUCUCCCCUUAGAGACUCCCCUCUCCUGCCUGCUCCGCGUUCCAGGAAAUCAUUUCUCGCCGACGAAGCUGCAGCGGCUCCGUCCUAGAGACGGAGGCACGGAGGAACCGGCUGAUGCGCGGGCCGGUAGCGCCCACGCUGAGGGUCUCUCCAGCACUGAAGUCACUUUCUCAACAGCAAACUCGCACAGUCCGUCACAAACGUUCAGCAGAGUCCCCGGGCUGACGUUCAAGCGUUCGGCCCUUAGAGGAGGGAGCAGGUUCUCGGGAGAGCUCUCGUUCGGGCGGCCGCAUCCGUGGGCAGAUCCUUUGGGGACCUCGGCAGGUUGGGCGCUUCGGAAGCCAGCGCAGCGCAACACGCGUGUCCCCCUCCUCCGGGGACUCUGCCAGCAGUCCCCCACCCUCCGAGAUGCCGAGCAGCAUCUGCCAGCAUCCUUCGAGCACGCGAAUGGCGGAAAGCCAGCCCCGGCAGCCGCGCCGCACCGAACGCCUCGUGCCACCCCCUCCCACGGCUGCAGGUUUCGCCUUGUGCAUCUGCGUCGCCGCUGGCGGGUUUCCACGGCUGAGUCCUCCCUUCGCUAGCCGCACGCAAAGGCCCACGCCGGGGACCAGCCCGAGACCCUCCAACCUGAGCUGCACGUCACAGACCGCUCCCGGGGCUUAAACUCCGGUCCUUGCCCACGACAGCACCCACACCGCUGCGAUAACGAAGAAGAAACAGCGAUUUACCAGCCUUCCCCCCGAAUAUCCUUCUUGAUAAGAAAGAAGGCAGAGAAUGAGAGAUUAGUCACUAAUCUCCCCAUGAAAAUGAAACUCUGAAAGCUCGACACCGUGUCCCCUCUGCGUGCCUGGGCACAGAGGGACAGAUGGGAAGCAAGUGUGAACAGGAAGGUAGGACUUUCCUGAUGAAGCGAUCCAUCUUCUUUUUCCCCCCGCCCUUUUCUUUCUAUUCUGUUUUCUUUCAGUGAGGACAGGUACAAUUUUCCCAAACUGACAUCCUAGUUCUCCGUCCCGCACCUCCGUGUCCCGCUUCCUCUGGCGCUCGCACAGAGAUAACCCCAGGGACCGGCCGACGUUGCUCUGAUGACAGAUGUUUGCAGAGCACUUUCUGAGGAUGUGAGGCACCCGAGCAAGGCUGAAGUCCAGCCCCCGGUGCAACACGGAGAUUUCUAGGAUCUCCGUCUCUGCCUUGAGAGCAGCGGGGCUCCAUCGCGUGGGCUCUGCCCUCCGGUAACGGCCGCUGCUGCAACGAGGCGCUCCGAAGGCGCAAGUUUGUCCUGUGGGGCUUUCCUCAGGGAGAGCGCAGAUAAACGUUUCCCUCGGCAGCGAGCGCGCGGCAGCAUGCGGGAGCGCGGCGAAAGCUGUGCUCCCUGCAGACGCAGCAGCACGCUGCAACCCCUCUCCCCGGCUGAGCUCUUAGAAUGAAGCGCCGGAUGACGGGUGGCACUUUGCCUGCCCCCGAAGCAGCAAGCACCGCUGCGAGCACGGCUCUGUCCGUCUGCAGGUGUACGCGGAAGGAGCAGAACUAAGCGUGUCGUUAGGGACCACUCCCACAAUACAAGAAAUAGGUUAUUUGGAGCAGGAACCACUUCCGUUCCGGCCUUGGCGGUCUGGGACAUAAGGCUCCCUCCCCGCAACACUGCUGAGGGGAGAAGACCGCUCUCCGUGGAGAAGGCCACGAGGAAUUCAGAGACGAUUACUACAUUUUAAAAGAUCUCCUCACUUAUUAGGAGCAGUGUGAGAGUCUAGAAAUCUCAUUUUCUUCCCCGGUGUAGGAGGGAGAAUCUUCUACAGAAAGCAGAGCGGGACUGAGCCAGGACCUCACCGUACCUUGCUUCGACACCGAUGCAGGCACAAAUCUUUGGACUUCACUUUGUCACAGCUCCACUCCUCCGCCCCCCGACAUGGGGCUGUGCAGUCCGACUUCCCAGAUUACACCCAUCGCCGCAGGGCAGCUAAGCCCAGAGCAGAAGCUGCCUCUCCCCCCGCAGCAGCUUGCAGGACUUAACUGAUGCCUGUUGGUAAAGCUGCUAUUCAAAGAAAACGUGCUCGAGCCAAACCAACCGCUGUUGUCACUCGGCUUGUUGUGAAAGUGCUUCGCAGCUGGGAGCCUUCCAGCCUGCACGCUGAGCAAAGAGGUCGCGAUUUCCUCUGCUCCUCCAGCAACCGCGGGGACGGCAGAGAGAGGUGCGACCUCCCCGGGGGUCCCCAGCCACGGCUGAAUUCUCCCUGCAGCUCUCGAAAGCUCCUUGCAUAGCUGUUUAAGGACUGACUAAGGCUCGAUGCCUUAAAAGCCUCCUGAGAACAGCGUAAAGCUGCAGUCGCUUAGCGGGGAGAGGCGUUCUCCUCCACGUGUCCUGCCUCCCGCAGCGGGUCAAGGGCUCGCUCCCCUUCCAGCCCCGCCGCGGCUGGAGCUGCCGCUCGUUCGGAGGCGCUUUCUCUGCCAAGACUCUCACUUCGGGGUUUCCGAGGCUCAGAGGAUUUGCAUACUUUUGCUUAACCCUCCUGCGCGCGGUGAGGCAGCCACAGCUCCACCGGACUCGCUGCUGCUCGCAAGCUGAGUUUGUCCUGAAGCAACACUGCCUGCACCCAGAACAAAAACUGUCCCCUGUCCUCCGAGGACUUCUGGGGAUGACCUCCCCAACGAGGAGCCCAAACCCACUACCUUAUCUUCUCCCUGCCCAGAGCACCCACCCCCUUCUCGCUGGGUUUGUCGCCCUUUUUGCCCCUUCUCUUCCCCACUCGCCCGUGCUGGUCUCCACGGUUCUUCAGUCUUUGCUCUGUUACUUGCUGCCAUUAUCAUUCCCCUCGUGGUUUUUCCCUUUCCCAGCGAGGCGCACGCUGCUGCUGCUGCAUACCAGCUGCUGGCCCCCCAGGAGGGGAGCCACGGCCAUCUGUGCGGAGCAGACAGCCGGCGAAGCCAACGAGAGGGCCCCGGCGGCCCCCGAGCAGCCCCCAGGGCAGAAGCUGCAAAGACGAACCAUCGGACUCGGCCCCAGCACCGCGGCUCCCGCCGUUUCGCGGCCGCGGAGCACGAGCCCCGCGUUGCCGCAAUCCCGCGGGCUGCCCGAGGCGCCGCGCAGGCUCCCCCUGCCCCAGCCGGGCUGCUGAGCUGCUCGGGACUCUCCCCGCAUCCCGGCUCGGACCGGGAAACGCUGCUUUACGGGCCGUGGCCCGGCGCCGGGUUGCACAAGCCACCAAGCACCACGCGCUCGGCGGUGAGGGGGAAGGAAAGGGGAGAGGGGACCUGACCGCGGCUUGAUGCUCGGCUUUCCAGAGCAGACACUUACCGCGUUGUACCCAGUUUUUCCUGCCUGGCCAGGAGUGCUUUCUUUCAAACACAGAAAAACCAACAAGACGUGAAAAUGAUCGUGGCCACACCCAGGAAUUAGAGGUAUAAGCUUGAAUCCCCCCCCCCCCCCCCCGGACUCCUCUGAAAGCCAGAAACAAACAGCAGCGCUCCGUCAGUAGCCCGUCAACUGAAACAGCACAUUCAUGGAAAUCCACGCCAUAAAAACACAGCUCCAAAAGUGUUAAUAGCAAAAGCUUCUGCUCACCUACGCUUAUCUCAGCCCCACCGGCGGAGCCGCAGCACAGUUCGCCGCCGCAGCACGAGCAUGGCUUGGAGCUGUAACGCUACGGUCCAGCUGGGUGGAAUGCUGCUGGCGCUCUUCGGGUGGCUCUCGUCCUGCGUGACGACUGUCGUGCCGCUCUGGAAGAACCUCAACUUGGACUUAAAUGAACUGGAGAUCUGGAACAUGGGGCUCUGGCAAGUCUGCAUAAUCCAGGAGGAAGGAGCCAUGGAGUGCAAAGCCCACGAGUCCUUCCUCGCGCUGCCCCCGGACCUGCGGGUGUCCCGGAUCCUGAUGUGCCUUUCCAACGGACUGGGGUUCCUCGGGUUUGUUCUCUCUGGCCUGGGGCUGGACUGCUGGAAAACGUGUGAAGAGAAGCCUGGACUAAAGAAACGGCUACUGCUUUCCGGAGGGGCAGCUUUCGGCACGUCAGGGAUUAUGACCCUCAUCCCCGUUUCCUGGGUCGCCUAUAACACGGUGCUCGAGUUCUGGGACGAAACUGUUCCUGACAUUGUCCCGAGAUGGGAAUUUGGGGAGGCAACGUUCCUGGGGUGGUUUGCGGGCUUCUUCCUUGCGGCAGGCGGGUUGCUCCUUAUCUAUACCACCUGCUUACGAAGGACUGAAACGCCAUCGGCGCCUGCAGCGCUUUGCCGCCAACGCGCAGAGAUGCAGGGGCCAGCCGGGACGUCACCGUGGAGCCACCACUCACACCCCAAAAACGCAGAUCUGGUAAUCUAAGACUCGCAGCACAGCGUCCUGUGCAGUUCCUGGCUGUUCGGAUUUCAGAGACAGUUCUCGUGUUUUACAGGAUGAUUUGCUAGUUCCUAAGACAGGGUCGCAGAUUUUUUUUCUUCCUGUGUAUCUGCCUGUCUCUCUCUCUCUCUUUUUUUUUUUUUUUCAAGAGCAACAGCUUUCUCUGCAGCACUUGCAGAGCGAGCCUAGCAUUCUGAGCCAAGGAGGCAAACACAGAGCAGUAAAGAGCACUUUGUAUUUCUGGCUACAUUUGCAAUAUAGUCCCUUCUUGAUUACGCUAUGUUAGCAUGUCCCUGGAAAUUUCCAAUAGUCAAGAAUGUAAUCAUUGUAACAUCUAUGACCAAACUAAAAAGUUCAUUCCUUGAAUGUCCGUUUCACUUUGAUGUAUUCAGAAUAAAUUAUUUCAGUUGUCA